AUGGAAAAAAUGAAUUAUAAUAAAUUAAAAAAACUAAGAACUGGUAUGACAUAUUUAAAAGAUGACUUUUUUUGUAAAUGUGGUAAUCUUUUGGUUAACAACUCUAUGUGUUUAAAUGGACAUACUUUUUGUAACGAUUGUGCAAUAAAAGGUAAAUACUGUAUAGUUUGCUAUACAGAUUUAUCCAAAAUAUCAAAAGAUUUAGUUUUAGAAAGGGAUGUUAAAAAAAUAAGGAUUAAGUGCCCAAAUGAUAACAGUCAUAUUACAUCGAUUGGAGACUUAAAAGACCAUUUAGUGGAUUGUAAAAAGAAUAACAGGGUCUUAUAUAUUUCAAUUUCCGUUAUUGUUUUAUUAAUAAUUAUUUUUUGUGUUCAUAGAUUUUAUGUUUUUUAA